GAACGGCGCCUAACGGCGUGCCGGCAAACAAGAAAUUAUGAAAGAGUUAGUGGGUCCCACUUUCCUGCUGUGAAGUUUCUCUCUGUGCAAUUAAUCGGUGACCAUUCUCAGAUCUUCACAGGCCCUUUCUUUUCUUCUUCCGAUUCAGCUAAGACUCUUCGCCGGCAGGAUCCGACCCGAUAACAGUCAAGCUUCCUCGACCGGACCCUAGCUUCGCUUGAUCCGAAUUCAGCGACUAGGCAGUUGUAGAGUGAGUGAGGAAAAGUAAAAUGCUGCGUAUACCGUCUACAAUUGAGGAACAGUUGGUACUAAAAGCAAUUAGAGAAGAAUGUCCUUGGGAGAAUCUUCCGAAGCGGCUUCAGUCCACGUUAAAUUCCAAAGAAGAUUGGCACAGAAGGAUAAUUGAACAUUGCAUAAAAAAGAGACUCAUGUGGAAUACUUGCUUUGCUCGUAAAGUGUGUAAAGAAGCUGAAUACUAUGAAGAAAUGUUGCGGUAUCUCCGAAGGAACUUGGCGCUUUUUCCAUAUCACCUAGCGGAGUAUGUUUGCCGUGUCAUGAGGGUGUCUCCUUUCAGAUACUAUUGCGACAUGAUUUUUGAAGUUAUGAAAAACGAGCAACCCUAUGAUAGCAUCCCAAAUUUUAGCGCUGCAGAUGCCUUACGGCUUACUGGAAUUGGAAGAAAUGAAUUUAUUGACAUCAUGAACAAGUGCAGAUCUAAGAAAAUUAUGUGGAAGCUUAAUAAAUCAAUAGCGAAAGAACUAUUGCCUACACAGCCAGUGGACUUUGUUAUUGAGCCAUGGUGGGGAGUUUGUCUUGUCAACUUUACGCUAGAAGAAUUCAAGAAACUGACUGAAGAAGAAACAGCAACAAUAGAUAAAAUCUGCAAGGAAGAAGCAAACUCUUUCAUUCUUUUUGAUCCUGAAAUUAUUAAGGGGCUUCAUUUGCGAGGACUAGUCUACUUUGAUGUUCCUGUCUAUCCUGAUGACCGUUUUAAAGUUUCAAGGCUCGAAGGAUUUGUUUCUAACCGAGAGCAGUCCUAUGAAGAUCCAAUUGAGGAGUUGCUAUAUGCUGUUUUUGUGGUUUCAAGUGAGAAUUCAACUGUUGCUGAAUUGGCUGCAACAUUACAGGCUGAUCUUUCUCAACUUCAAGCAGCUGCAUCUUUUGCUUGCAGAUUGGGAUGGGCUGUCAAACUAAUAGACCCUGCAUCUAUUCUGCAAGACCCUAAUGUCCCAGGGUCACCUAAGAGCCUUCUGAGUGACGAGGAAGAUGGCUCUCAUGCCAGCUUGGGCUCUGCAAACGUGUCCGCUGAUGGCAGUGCUUUUCAGCAAGUAGAAAUUCCAUGGACAGAAAAUAAUAGCAGGAGUUCUGGUUAUGCUCGGGUUGCUUUUCUUGUUGAUGCUAAUAUAACUUCUUAUCUUAUGAUGGGAUCUGUAUCACCAGGUCUAAAAUCUCAUGCUGUGACUUUGUAUGAAGCGGGAAAACUAGGUCAUGCUAGUAUUGCAGAUCUUUGUAAAGAUUUGGGCACACUUGAGGGGGCCAAAUUUGAAGGCGAACUGCAAGAGUUUGCAAAUCAUGCAUUUAGUCUUCGAUGCGUCCUGGAAUGUCUAACAUCAGGUGGGGUUCCAGCUGAAGAAAUAGAAAAGACUGGCAUUAUGUCUUCAAGAAGUGAGGAUGCUUAUUCAAUAACAAAGGAUAUUUCAUUUUCUGAAAAAUCAGGAGAUACCCCUAAAGAUAUAUCUGAGCUAAAUAAUGAAGAUUUGCUAAAUUCUGAAACACCUAAAUUGCCUAAGGAUGAAGAAACUCUAUCAGGAAAAAAAUCUGAAGAAACAGAUCAAUCAGACUGGGAGUUAAAACAGGAGAUCAGUUCUGAGACUGAUGAAAAAGUAUCUGCGGACAACUUAGAUGCUGAUAAAGGGGUGAGGAAACAGAUAAAAUACCGCGUGGAUAUACUCCGCUGUGAAAGCUUGGCUGCUCUGUCACCGGCUACUUUAGAUCGUCUGUUUAUGCGUGACUAUGACAUUGUUGUAUCCAUGGUGCCCCUCCCCCCUUCUUCAGUUUUGCCAGGACCAAAAGGCCCUGUUCAUUUUGGACCUCCCUCCCAUUCAUCUAUGACACCCUGGAUGAAAUUGGUGCUAUAUUCUGCUACAGCUUUUGGACCUCUAUCAGUUGUUCUGAUGAAAGGUCACUUGUUAAGAAUGCUUCCUGCCCCAUUAGCUGGCUGUGAGAAAGCACUUCUAUGGUCAUGGGAUGGAUCUUCCGUUGGAGGUUUGGGGGGCAAGCCUGAAGGGAAUUUGGUAAAAGGAAGUAUACUUUUACAUUGUAUAAACUCACUGCUCAAGCAGUCUUCUGUCCUUGUGCUUCCCCUCAGCAGAUAUGAUCUUAAUGAGGCUGGAAAAGUUGUUACAUUGGAUAUUCCCUUGCCCUUGAAGAACUCUGACGGUUCAACAGCUCAAGUAGCGGAGGAACUAGGACUGUCCCCCAAAGAAACUUUCAAUCUGAAUUCACUAUUAGCUUGUCUGUCUAACAAACUUAAUUUUUGGACUAUUGGUUUUAUUCGCCUGUUAAGACUUUACAAAGAUAGAGUCCAAGAAAAUAUUGCACCUGCUGAUGAUAAGUAUGAAUGGGUUCCACUAAGUGUAGAAUUCGGCAUUCCACUGUUUAGUCCAAAAUUGUGCAAUCAUAUAUGCAAGAGAUUAGUUUCCUCACAACUACUCCAAACAGAUUUAUUCGGAGAGCAUCAUGAUGCAAUGCAAGAGUUGAGAAAGAAAUUGCGAGAUGUUUGUGCUGAGUAUCAGGCCACAGGUCCAACAGCGAAGUUCCUUUACCAGAAAGAACAGCCAAAGGAAUCAUCCCGGCAUUUUAUGAACUAUGCAAGUGGAAGGUGGAACCCCAUUAUUGAUCCUUCUUCUCCUAUUUCUGGUGUCUCUAGCGAACACCACAGACUAAAACUUGCUCAUCGACAGCGAUCUCGAACAGAAGUUCUGAGUUUUGAUGGCAAUAUUUUGAGAUCAUAUGCUCUGACUCCUGUUUACGAGGCUGCCACCAGGCCAAUUGAGGAAUCUCCCUCAGUAACUACUGCUAAGGUUGAAAAAGAUGAUGCUGAGAAUAAAGAAGAGAUAUAUCCUGGUGUAAACCUUCUAUUUGAUGGAUCUGAGCUGCGCCCAUUUGAGAUAGGUGCUUGUUUGCAGGCUCGUCAACCUGUGUCUUUAAUUGCAGAGGCCUCUGCAACAUCUGCUAUUUUUUCAGUCAAAUAGUGUUAACGGAUAUCUUCAAUGUUCAUGUAAGAAAGAUGUGCUCUAAUGACCAAUUUUUCGAGAGUAUCAUUGGCUACCGGACCUUGCUUUGCUGCUACUGGUUCGUUGGGUCGAUUGUCUGUCCUUGCAUUGAUUUGAUGACAACAUGGGAAGGUAUUGAGGAUCUGACUUCUCAUUGUAUCAGUUGGAUGGGGUUUACUGAAUGGAGAGUCUUUUUUUCCUUGUGGUGUUUUCUAUUUGCAAGAAUUUGGUUGAUGCAGGUAUUAUGCUGAGUUCUGUUAUUUUGUAGAAGAGAAGAGAAAACCAUGUGUAUUCAUAGAUGGAGGUAUGCCCACAAACUAGCUAAACAACAGAGCCUUGGAUUGCACAUAAGAUAUGUGAAUGAAAUGAAGGUGAAAAAAAUCAAACAUGUGUAUUCUGUAAUAUGAAAUUAAGGCUUUGACAUAAUGAGGAACUAAACGAAGAUGUUGCUGAUGUACCGCAUUUAUUUCCACGUGUAUCUACUGCUAUCUGAACAUCUCAUCAGCUGAGUAUUGGUGUUUAAGGCUCCAUUUUUAUUCGAAGGAGCUUGGAGAACUUGAUAUGGUGUAAUUGAGAAAAAAAAGUUGACAUUCAAAGAUUGUCAAAACGAAGUUGUGAUUGCAAACACUUUUGCUUUUUCCCUUUUGGUUUGUUUUAUCACUUUAUGGAAAACAAUGUAUAUAUAUGGUUUUGGGAGAAAUUAUUGUGGAAUUUAGUUUUA